AUGGAGCAACUGGUUAAUCCAAUCCUCUCGGACGUUGUCAGAUGGAUGUCCGACAACGGAUUAAGACUUGCCCCUGAGAAAUCGGAGUGUGUCAUCAUUACCGGGAAGCACAACUUUGCCGCACCGCAGCUGAGCGUACAGGGGUUCCAAGUGCCAACGAUACGAGCCAUCAGGUACCUGGGCGUACAAUUGGAUACCAGACUGUCGUUCGUUGAACAUGCUAACACAGUAGCUGCGGGAGCUAGGAGAGCGGCGGCUGCGAUUGGGAGGUUGAUGCCUAAUGUGGGAGGGCCCUCGCAGGCAAAACGCAGGUUGCUCAUGAGUGUGGUGCAUAGCCGACUGCUCUAUGGCGCUCAGAUAUGGGCCGAUACCGUCCGUGACGUGAAGAAAGCGGAAAACUCGCUCCUGAUGGCCCAGAGGGUCGCAGCUCUGAGAAUAGCCAGGUGUUACCGUAUGGUCUCCGACAUGGCGGCGUUAGUACUCGCCAGGACGCCACCUGUAUCCCUUCUGGCGCUGGAGAGGAAGAGAGUCGGCGAAUCGAGGAAGGCAGGUGUCCUCGUAGCCAAAUCAGUUGUAAGAGAGGAGACAAUAAGGCAAUGGCAAGUGCACUGGGACUCCGACGAAGGCGACCAAGACGACGUCAACAUCGUUGACCAACAUCCCACUAUUACAGAUUCGGNUCGGCACUGGAUCUCACAGUUUGUAACGUGGGCUCCGUCCCCACAUUCAGGCGGGUCAACGCCACGUCCGUAA